AUGGAGAAGACCGACGCCAGUUCCAUCCACCAGGUCGAGCUGGGGACGGCAUUGACUGAAGUUGCCAAGACAGCAACAAUCCAUGACUCUAAACUGCAACAGGCUGCCAUGGAGGGCGCGGCAGACGACCAUGAGCUUUCCAUUGCCGACGCCAUCAAGGCUUAUCCUCAGGCUAUCAUGUGGGCACUUGUAUCGUCUACCUGCGUCAUCAUGGAAGGCUACGACACCAACCUCUUGUCCAACUUCUUUGCUUACCCUUCAUUCCUGAUUAAAUACGGACGGUUUGUUGGAGUUUCUCCCGAAGUUCCAACCGGAUAUCAGUUGACCGCUGCUUGGCAAGCUGGACUGUCUCAGGGCGGUGGUGUUGGCUCCAUCUUUGGUUGCCUCAUCAGCGGAUACCUCGUGACCAAGUACGGCUCCCGAAAGGUACAGCUAGGAGCUCUUGUUGCACUUACGCUCGCCAUAUUCGUCGUCUUCUUUGCGCCGAGUUUGACGGUCCUCGUCGUUGGCGAGAUUCUCUGCGGCUGCCCAUGGGGUAUCUUGGCAACCACCGCUCCAGCAUAUGCAUCCGAAGUACUCCCAACAAGCCUUCGAACUUACAUGACAUCAUACACGAACAUGUGCUUCAUCAUUGGUCAACUGAUCUCUGCGGGUGUGCUCAAGGGUCUCUCUACCCGUGUUGAUGAGUGGGGUUACAAGAUUCCUUUUGCUCUGCAAUGGAUCUGGCCCGUAUUCCUCAUUCCUCUCAUCUAUAUGUCUCCAGAGUCACCUUGGUACUUGGUCAGAAUGGGCAGACUUGAGGAAGCUGAAGAGUCUCUCCGUCGUCUACAGUCUCCCAAAGCAACCAACGUCGACCCUCGCAGGACUCUCUCCACCAUCAUUUACACCAAUAACCUCGAGCAGCGUCUCAACGUCGGAACAAGCUACUGGGACUGCUUCAAGGGCACUGAGCUCCGUCGUACCGAGAUUGCCUGCGUUGUCUUUGCUGGUCAGAUUCUUUGCGGAAUUUGCUUCGCCUACAACAGUUCCUACUUCUUUUCUCAAGUUGGUCUCGGCACGAGCACAACUUACUCUCUUGCAUUGGGUGGUACUGGACUAGCUUUCUUCGGCUGUCUCGUCAACUGGUUCUUUCUCAUGCCCAACUUUGGCAGGCGGACAAUCUACAUCUGGGGUAUGGGUGGCAUGUGCUCCGUACUCAUGAUUAUCGGUAUCCUGAAUGCGUGGACUCAUAUUCAUGCCGUUGCUAUGAGCCAGGCCUGUCUCACCUUGCUCUGGACCUUUAUAUUCCAACUGUCUGCUGGCCAGCUUGGAUGGGCACUUCCUGCUGAAAUGGGCUCUACAAGGCUGCGACAAAAGACAAUUUGCCUUGCCAGAGACGCUUCGAACAUCACGGGUACAGUUGGCGGCGUUUUGCAGCAGUACUUCAUGAACCCCCAGGCCUGGAACUUGAAGGGUUAUACCGGGUUUGUCUGGGGUGGCACUUGCUUUGGUAUGUUUGUAUGGAGCUACUUUCGCCUACCUGAGACCUGGAACCGCUCGUAUCAUGAGCUCGAUGUCCUUUUCGCUCAGAGAGUACCAGCACGCAAGUUCGCUAGUACUACUGUGGAUCCAUUCGAUGUUGAUGCCAUUGAUGGUAUUACUGGCAAAGUUACUACCGAAGCUGUCUAG